AAAGAACAUUUAGUUGUAAGCCCUUUCCGUUCGGCAUGAAGAACACGUGGUUGUUUGUUACUUGAUGUUAUUCGACAGUUCAUGAGCUGAAGUAGUUGUUCUGAACGUGCAUUGCAGCGGUUGCGAUUGUGAGAUAUGGCGAUGUGUCUGGUUGAAGAUUGGUUAUUAAUGCUUUGAGUAUUACCGAUUGAAGAUAUUAGGCCUUUUUUUUUUUUUGUGUGUGUAAAUAUUUUGGUAAUUUUGGUAAUAAAACAUUUUUUAUGCACAACUGUAAGAUAUUUUAAAAGUUCAUAGAAAAAAUGUCGAGGCAGUCAUCCCAUUAUUAUGCGGUAACUGAAUACGCGAAAGAUGCUCACUUGUUCAUGAAGCGGCAAGAAGAAAAACGUUUCAGGUCUCAUUUCUCAGCUCCACAGCUGGAGUUCAGAGAGGAAUUACUGGUGAAGAUUAUUUAUGUGUCGACUAAAUUAAAAUUAUCAGAAAGAGCUCUACAUUUAGCAGUCUAUAUGUUGGAUACUUACAUGGACUGCCAUGCUAUUAAUGUAAAACGCUUGGAGCUGGUUUGCUUUGCAUGUUUGUCAAUUGCUGCCAAGUAUGAAGAAAAUGAUGAAAAAACUUCGAAGCUUACUGAAUUUUUGCUGCAAUUCAUGGACGAACAGCCACAAAAAGGAGUGUUUAUCCGAAUGGAAUUCAUGAUACUAAAAUUCAUGCAGUGGAAAUUUAUCCCCACAGCUGUUCACUUCGCGGACUAUUAUGUUCAGUAUGCAGUUUCCCCAGAUGAUCUGAAUCAUGUACUUGGUUCAGGAGAGGAGCUGUUACAUGGAGUACGGCAAUACAUGAAAAUGUUUCUGCGUCUAGCAUUGCUAGAUCAAAGACUUAUGAAUGAACCUCACUCAUUAAUUGCUGCUGCAUGCAUUGGUGCUGCACGUGAGAAAAUGGGUUUGUAUCCUGUCUGGCCAAACCAAAUGGUUCAGAUAUCAGGCUAUAGAAAUUUUCAAGUAUGCGCAUAUGUCCAGUUGCUACUAGUGUUGAGAAAACUUCAUAUUCGCAAGAAUGUCUCUCUUCAAAUGGGGAAAAGGAAAAGAGAAAAACUAAAGCAAGAAUUAGAUCUGGCGAGAAACAUCUCCAGUCCACGCCAAUGCAAUUGCCAUUGCUGUUGUUGCUCUUGCCUAACUGUCAGUAUAAAUGUCCAGCCAGCAUCAUCGUCAUAUGUGCCAAUGGCAGCCCCUCAAGCUGUCCCAUCAUUCCCCCUGACAUUUGCUGCCAGAGAUAAAUCUCAUCUCUCUGGAUUUAUGAAUGAUCAGGCUGGGCCAAUGAAUAUCUGAUAAAGAAAGGAAACAUUUCUUGAUAAAUAGUACAAGAAUCUCAUUUGACUGUGAUAUUGACUUUUAAAUUGAAUGCUUUUGGAAAAAACUGUGAUAUUUUAAAUUAGUUCCUAGUAAUGUUGGUAAUCACAUAUGGCAGGAAAUGUAGCACUAAUGAAUUUAUGCUUGCAAGAUUUCUUAUUGUCUGGUUAUUUAAAUAAUCACCAUCAACUGUAAAGCAUUGCAUGUAAAAAUUCUUUAAUGCAGUGGAAGAUGAGGCUUCAAAUAUAGUAUUAAGUGCACUCUCAUGUACUGUCAUAAGACAAUAGUUGCAACAUCUACUUAACCCAUUAACUGCCAAAAUUUAGUUAUUGUAGCAGAUACAGAAAAAAGUUAUUAUAACAGCGGAAUAACUUUUAAUGAUGCUAUAGUUUAAUCCGUUCAACAAUUUUAAAGAAAAAACACAGUGAAAAUCCAGUGACACUUCGCAGAUGUGUUGCAUAGUCUCUCUAGAAUGUCCAUUAAUCACUUCACAUUGUCAUUGUCAGUUCUGAGUGCACCAUGAACUUGUAAACAUGCUUAGAAUAAUAAUAUCUUCCACUCAAGUGUGGAGUUCUUGUUCAAUAUCUUAAUGCUAAGGGAUGCAAUGUAGCUGAACUCUGGACCUUCACCCUCUGCCUGUCACGAUAAGGACUUCAGGAGAAAAGGUGCCUAAUUUGGAUGUCAUAACACUCUGAACUGACAACUAAUGUGAUGCAAUUGAUGGUCAUUCUUAGAGACCUUGUUCAUCACACAGUCUUGAGAUGUUCACUUUUGUGUUCAUUUUGCAACGAUGUGGACCAUAGGAACAAAGAAAUAAAUACACUAAUUAUUAUAAGUUUAACAAAGUCUUCUGAAACAAUGAGCCUUAGAUUUAUUAACUGUCAAGGACAUCAACAAUGAGGCACAAUGUGUCUACAUGUAGAAAAAAGGUUAAUCCCCAAAUGGAGAUUGGCAUGGCAUUUAAUAGCAGUUAAUCGGUUAAUUAGCUUACAGAACUCUAUUGUAAUUUACAGCUUUGCGUAAUAAUCUUCAGUAGUUUGGUACAUGUUGUGGUUUCCCAAAUCAACAAUUGAAAAUUCAUUACUUUUCGGAUCCAUUUCGGUAUUUUAUAACUGAAGAUCAGUUGUUUUUCUUCUGAACAAUGGUAAUUUGAAAUAAUUAAGCAACAUUUUUAUUAUCAAAUCAUGAGGAUAUCAAAUUUGAAAAUAUAUAUUAUAAUUACUGUGAAGUUAUUGCUAAAUACUUUUUAUGUUACGCAUAAUUUGAAUCUAUGAAGAGUUCAAGGCUGAAUAGUUCAUGGAAAGAGGAGUUCACAAAAAUUAAAGCAAGUGUUCAGAGAGCACGAAAAGUGCUUCACAAUCAUGUGAUAAAAUAAGACUGAUUUUACUUCAUUUUAUAGUAAGUUUAUAUGAUAAUUGUAGCAAAAAGUUUAACAGUGUAGAUCAAGGUAAUCUAUUAUUUGCAAUUAUGUGAAAAAUGUUCUGAUAUGUUUCACUCUGUUCUUCACUAUUCACUUUGUUCAACCACUCUAAAAACAGCUCUCAGCUUUCUAUGAAUAUUUUUCUUGUAAUCAUCGCUCUCGACUCUGAUGGCUAGCUGCAAUGGCUGUUCACCUUGAAAUUAGAAGGUACAUAGUGCAACAUUGGUCACUAGAUUUCAGCACUAUCCACCCAAAAUUGAGAGAUCCGCAUAAUUUUAUUUUUGUGUACCACAGCUACUGACCACUAGAGCUGUGACAAAUUCACCGGCAUAAAUAAUUCAGCAACUAGCCAUCAUGCCACAGAGGUACAGUGGAAUCUCGUUACCAUAUUUUCCCUUAUAGCAUGACCAUAUUUUUUAGUCCUGCUCCCAAUUUCGUUAAAUUUUUAUUUACAUGUGCAAGUGCCCUAUUUCACAUUUAUUUCUUAGUAGCGUGUUCUGCCAUUCAUGCAUUUUCCAUUGCAGAUAUAUGGUGUUCUGAAUACUUAAAGGUAUCAGUUGGCAUUCAAGGGUUUUCCACUAAUCAUUGGACCUAGAGCUAGUUACUUAUGUUCAGCUGUGCAUCAUGACAGGUUCAAAAAUUUCAGUACCUUAAACAAGAUUCCACGAUGUUCUUGAAAACCACCCAAGAGAGCAAAGGGUAAAAAGUAAAAUUUCAUGUUUCUUUCCACUUUUUUGGAGUGAAUUUUCUUUGGAAACCGUUGUUUUCAAGAACUGUUUUUGUUUAUUCUUUUGUUUAAUCUAGUGUUUUAGUUACCCAAGAGUUCCUGAAAGGUUAUAAAACCGAAGAAAACGUGUAGUAUUAUUUCAUACAUUUUAUUCAGUGAACAAGAUAAAUGUGAUCAUAUGUUUGCAUCUUAUAUGCUUUUUAGUGAUUUUUGUCUUAGUCUUUAGGAUGAAGUUUGUUAAAUUAAAUAUUAUUUUUAGAAACUCUGUUCAAGGCUUAACUGGAAGAAAUAAAAUUUUGUUAAAAAAA